AUGACAACCACGCCUCCACCGCCAUCCACGCUUCGAGUCCCUCCUAGUCCGCGAUUUGGAGCUGGAUAUGAUCAAUAUUCGCCAUAUGCCACACGGCAUUCGGCCAGGUUAGCCGGCCAGCGUGCUUCUCGAGACUCUACUCCGCCGCCCCGGUUUCCGACUCUCCAGGUUGAUGGGACAAAGAGCGCAAAGGAAGAGCAGGACAAUCACGAUGUCUUGGAGGCUUUGUCACCUCCAGGGUCUAUUCACGGCUCUCCCCGCAAAAAGCCUUCGGCUGGAAGUCGAACCUUCGGUUUGACGCAUUCACUGGAGGACGAGGACGAUAACACUUCGACUCUCGCAGACCCCUUCGCUUCGCAACAUCUUCAUUCUCAGCUUCAAACCACAAGAACCAACGGAAUGCUGCCUACGCCUGCAAAAACGCCCAGAAAGAAGAUUGUUGCUGAUAUGGGUCCCACUGCAAGGACUCUCUUUCCGCACAGUUCGCGUCCCAAGAAGAGCAGGAAGCACACUGGUUUCUCCCUCGACAGCUUCAAUGACGACCCCGCCCAGAAUCAAACCCAGAUUCAAAUCUACACCGAUUCUCGUGAUCGAAUCCCAGAGGUUGCCCAGAACGAGGAGAGCCUGUUCUACAAGCCUAAGGAAACCAAGACGGCACAAACUCCUAGAAACCCCCCUCCUGCACCCUCGAAGAAAACCAAGGCAGUCGAGGCCAAGCAGGUGAAGGAACUCAACCGCGACAAGGAGAUUGACGACGCCGUCAAACGUGAGGAUGGCAUGUUCUACGUAUUUCGGGGAAAGAAAAUGUUCCGCAGAUUUGCUGAACCCGCCGAAACUGACGUGGAAGAUGAUGACGACGAUUUGGGGCUGCUUGCAUCUCGGCCAGACCUCAUCGACUCCUCGUUGACCAGCAGGGUCCGACCAUUGACUCGCUCUUCGAUCAAGCCCCGCGUUCUCUUCCCGACCGCGAAGGACAACACUCCCCAGCUGGAUCCUGCACAUGAUGUUGAUGAAGAGGCGGCUACCGAUAUCGAGGACAACGCUAAAGAUACCGAUGAUGAUGCCGCGACCGACGUCGAGACGCAGCAACGGUCAGCCACUUCCCCACCCAAGUCAAAUGAAGAAACCCCAUCUCCUGGUCGCUCUCUACGCCCUCGUGCCAAACGUGAAGAUGCCACCCAUGAGACAACACCUGCAGUCUCGGAACCCAAGAGAAAGCGCGUCAGUCCGUUUGACGGUUGGCUACGAAAGAAACCUACUCCUGCCGCCACAGCUCCCAAAAGCAAAAAACGAGACCAUGAAGCCGUUGGCAGCCCUGGUGGCCCCUCGACCAAGAAGACAAGAGCCAGCAGGGCAGCUGUUUCAUCCUCUUGA